CACUAUUGCUGGGCAGUCUGUUGCUUGCUUGCCGCCACCUUCAAAGUAAACAAAAACAACACCUUCCCCCGCCAUUGCGGUCGGGGUCCCAGGCCCACCCCACCCACUCACUGCCCGCUGGGGUCACACUUGGGCUGGGAGCGCGUUCCACAGUGCUCCUUGUCGCGUCACUCUCCAGCUUGGACUUCCCAGGUAGCCACCACACCGCAAAGCAGGCCUGCAACUUUGGCAUGCGGCUGGAGCUUCCAAGCUCAAGUUAUUAAUGAACAAAAGCUCCAACAACGACAAAUCCCACCCGCCCGCCAUGCUCGACUUUGGCAACUUUGAUCUCGUCUUUGGCGACCUCUCGCCGUUUCCAUUCACGCGCCAAUGGGCGCAGCAGGUCGAGAAGAAGCGGAAGGAGUAUGACGGCGUGCUCUUCCUCGACCGGGUCCUUGCCGCCUUGAACAUUGCAAAGGCCUCGAAAGUCUACCCUCCCAAGACCGAGAAGGACCUCCGCCAGCUGCACCACCUCGUCUGCGACGCCUCCAAUGUCGCCAUCCACCACAAGCUCUCGAUUCUGUACUACAUCCUGCUCGAUGUCGACAGCCGGCUCGAGGAGCAGUCUCCGGGCAGCACUCCCAGCACCCGCGCCGACAGCUUCGCCGCCGACGCCGCGGUGCCGCAGAAGUACAGCAUCUUCAUAAAGGGCCUCUGGUACAUGGAUGCGACCAACUUCGACCAGGCCCUCGAGCACCUCACGCACCCGUCUCUGGUGCCCGAGUUUGCAGAUGAGAUUGUCACCGCGCUCGCCCGCAUCGAUAACACGGCUUCAUCAUCAUCAUCAUUGCAAGCAGAUGAAUCCUACUCCCCAGUCCUGGCGUACUACUACGCCGUCCAGCCGGUCCUCCGGACCUCGGCCGCGACAAACAUCCUCUUCGACGCCAUCAGCCGGUCCAGCGUCUCCGAGGCCCUGCGGUACUCGCGCGCCCGCCCGCAGUUUAUGCGGGAGCAGCUCUUCAAGCGCCUCGUGCUGUCUGUAAUAGACGACAGCAGCAGCAGCAAGAACGGCGGCAACGAUAGCAGCGACGACGUCGUUGCCGAGCGCGCAUUCGAGCUCACCAGCGCGAGCCUGGACGCGCAGGAGGAGGAAUGGUUCCGUGACGCGCUGCUCGGGUCGGAGGGGAGGAAGGUCAGGGUGGCCAAGGACACGCUGCUCAUGCGCCGCAUCGCGAGAGGUGACGCUGGUCCCGUAAGCGAAAAGGGCGCGUGGUCAUCUGUGCUGGAGGGCUUCAAACAGGGUAGUGGCGGCCGGGGGAUGCAGGCGUGAGCAUCCGGCACGAUUUGCAGGAUAAUGCUUGUGAACUACAUAGCGGCGGCGUUUCAUGUUUUCGUUCAGUGCAAAGCAGGGCAGCGAGCCGGGUUGUGUACACCCAAGAAAUUGAUACGGAAGAAGAUUCGCAGUUUCAAUACAUUUGGGGCAGGUGGCAACACCGCCUUGGGUUUCAGGAGCAAGACCGUACAGCGCAAAUCGGGUGUUGAGAUAGCAUGCAGGAAUGCCGUGCUGAGAGUGUUGCGGCUUUUCUGAUCGUGCC